AUGGUCAAAAUUGAAUCAGAGAUGAUGAACGGGCAAACAGUGUUUAGUGUGGCCAGAGCGCCGCUAAAGUCCAGCUUCUCGAUCAACUCGAUCCUGCCGGAAACUGCCAUGCAGACUUCCCCGGCACAAACUCCGUCGCCGUCGCCUCAUUCGUGUCAUUCACCGAUCGGAUCAGAAGAGCAGGAUCACGAUUUCACCGACACUGAGUCGGAUCUGGAUGUGACCGGAACUCCGCCGCCAAUGGAUUGCAGCAAUAAAGAAAAAUCAGAUGAUACCGAAGAAGGUGCCUCCAGUCCCAAGGAUGGUGAGAAGAAAGGCAACGAAAAACCGCCGUACAGUUACAAUGCGCUGAUUAUGAUGGCCAUUCGGCAAAGUGCUGAAAAACGAUUAACGCUAAAUGGAAUCUACGAGUACAUCAUGCGUAAUUUUCCAUACUAUCGUGAUAACAAACAGGGUUGGCAAAACUCGAUUCGCCACAAUCUCAGUCUGAACAAGUGCUUUGUGAAAGUGCCUCGCCAUUACGACGAUCCGGGUAAAGGCAACUACUGGAUGUUGGAUGCAUCGGCGGAUGAUGUGUUCAUCGGAGGAUCGACUGGAAAACUGCGCCGCCGAGCAAAUGCUACCCGCAAUCGGAUGGCUGCCUUCAAACGAUCCUUUGUGGGUCCAAUGUAUCCACCGCUCGGCUAUCCUCAAUUCAAUCAGUUCAUGUAUCCGUCACCAGCCCACGCACAAACGGCUCUGUUAGCGCAAAUGUACUCCCGAUUUUCCCCGUACGCACCUAGUAUAGCACCGAAACCAACGCUACCACUUCCGCUGCCACUUUCCGUCGGUGGUCCCGGUUUUGGCAUGGAUCGGCUGCUUGCCGCCGGAGUUCCACCUCAGUUGCAGCACCAGCAAAUUACGCCUCACCAGCAAGCCCAAGCCGAACUGUACCAAAGAAUUCAGUAUCAGCAACUCCUUCAGCACCACGCAGCUCAAGCUCAGGCUCAAGCGCAGGCGGCUCACAUGCAGCAGCUAAGUCCCACCGAAAGCCACCGCCAGCAACAUUCACCGAACCUGCCCAGCCAAUCUCAGCAACCGCAAGGUUCCCCGACGGGGCCUACCAUCUUCAAGCCGAUCCCGAGGCACAGUUGA